AUGGAUUCGAGCUCCGAAGCAGCUUUUCAUUCCGACGAUUUCUUCGAUCGCUUGCCGGACGACGUCGUGCUGUCGAUUUUCGGCAAAUUGCAAGACGCUAAAUCGCUCUGUCUAUCCAUGUCCGCGUGCAAGCGGUUCCGAUCCAUCGCCCCACAGGUCGAUCGGAUCUUCCUCCCGAUCCCUCAGAAGAAGUCCGCCGUCAAGGAAUUCGAUCAGAAGAAUUCGUUCAAAAAUCUGGUGAUCAGAGCGUUGAUGAAGCCCUUCCAUUUGAUUUCGCAGAUGGUCAAAUUGAAGCCUAAGACCGAGGAGAAUGACCUAGAUUUCUACUCCUACUACGUCCCCAACGAGAUAUUGAAGAAUUUCCAAGGAAUCCGCGGUCUCCAUCUCCGGCUGCCCUGCCAUGGAAAUCAGAAGCAGAGUCCGUCCAAAAAUGGCAAGAAUUCCACGACUUUGUUGAAAUGGAGAGCUGAAUUCGGGCGAGAGCUGCACAGCUGCGUGAUUUUAGGGGCAAAAGCGUGGGCGGAGAAGGAUGCGGAUGAAUCCAAGGAAGAUGCGUCGCGGGUGAUGCCGGACGACGAGCUGAAGCUGCGGAUCGUGUGGACGAUAUCCUGCUUGAUCGCUGCGUCGGCGAGGCAUUACCUGAUGCAGGAGACGGUGAAGGGGUUGAAGAUGAUCGAGAAUGUGGUGGUCUCGGAUGAGAGCGAUCAGGGGAGAUUGUGUAUGAACAAGGAGCAGAUUGAGGAAAUACGCCAAUCUAGUAAGGGUAAAGGACAUGAAAUGGCGGAGAGUAGGAGUCGAGUACCGGCGUUGAGGAUGAAGAUGUGGUAUUUGGAUCAGCUGGAAGUGCCCGGCUCCGCCAAGGUCAUGGAGGGGGCGACGCUCGUCGUUAUAAGGCCUGCCGGUGGUGGUGGGGCGGAGGAUGAGGGGAGCCGGAGCGACGCGGAGAUGGUGGCGGACGCCUUUGGUGGGGAGGAAGGUGAGGGGAAGGUGAUGGGUGAGGCAGUUAGGAAACUGAUGGUUGCCAAGAAAUGCUAUGUUUUGGAGAUGAAUUCGUUUUGACAUGUACAUGUAAAUAUUCGAUUUUGUAUUGUAUUUCAUUCUUUUUUCUUGGCAAGUUAAUAAGAAAAUGAGAUUUUACACUA